AUGCAACAGAACAACAUUUUCUUGAUUCGCACUUUUUGGGGAAAAGAUACUGAUGAGGAAUUCGAUUGUUUUCAAGCUCGUUUAAAAUCUUCCUCUGAUAACUAUUAUGAGUUUGUUCAAAUGGGAAGCAAAGAACAAGUCAAUCAAUUGCCGCCUAUAGAAGCCUAUGAAUGGCUAAAGAAAAACACGUUCAGUGAACAUCUGGGAGAGUUAUUGGUUAUAUUCGAUGAGACUAGUUCAAGAGAUGGAUCAGCUGUGUUGUUACGUAUUAAACCUGAUAAAUCUGAUGAACAUUGUCAAACCAUUCGAAGUGAUCCAUCUAGGGCAUGGGAAUGUAAUGCAAAUUUGGAAAUAUGCAAUAUGGAUUGGUGUGAGUACGUUGAUUGGGCUGGAGUUUCCGGUGGCAGUUUACCUUUUCGACCAGAAUAG